AUGGAUUCGCGGGUCAGAUUGGGACGCAGCCCAAAAAUUGCCUCCAUCACAACCAAAUGGAGUUACCAGAUGGCCAGGAGUGAAACUUUCCCGCCAAUGCAAAAAGAUCAUAGGCAAACAUUACAUGGUCCCCCGGACAACCGCUUUGAGCCUGGCCCAGCCGGACCGGGGGAUGGAGGUGGUAAUGAUCCUGACGUUAGUGAUGAUUCUAGUGGAGAUGGGCCCGGUAAUGGUUUUGGCAGAGGGAACAGCAACACCAAUGGAAAGAAGAAUGGAGCCAUCCAUACCUUCAAUGUGGAGCUACUAUCGAGAGUCGAACACCGAAACAGAAAGUAUAACAUAACAUGGACAUCUUGGAUUCUGGAGAAUGUCACACGGAAAAGCAGACCGAAUGUCCAGAGACAAGGAUUUUUAGCUGCCAAACCACCUGAAGGUUCCCCUAACCUACGCAGAAGCUUGUUUUAA